AUGGCCGAGACACGAUGGUUCUACGCCAACGACGACGACAAAAUCCACGGCCCCGCGACGCUGGAGCUCUUGCGCAGCCUCUGGCUCCGCGGUGAGCUCCAGACUGACACUAUUGUCUGGCGUCUCGGGCUCGCCGAGUGGCUCUCGAUCGGUGAGCUCCCGUCGCUCCUCUCCGGUCAGCGUCUCUGA